AUGGCAUAUAAAGUGCAUGAAAACUGCAUGAAAGCAGAGCUUAAACGAUUGGCGAUUUCCAUGUGCCCAUCGACAUGCGCAAUGUGUUGUUUGACGAAGCAAUUCAAUUGCAGUGAUGAUCCAGCAAGUGCAGCGGCUUGCACAAAUCUGACUGUUGCAAUGUGCAAUGAUGCCAAUUUUCAACCAAUUGCAAUUCGAAAAUGCCCAAAAAGGUGCGGAUUUUGCGAUCGACCUGCGAGUACAACCCCGUCACAAAGAACUUGUGUGGACAGACCGAACUGUGCACAAUUCACUCACCUAUGUAACACUCCACCAUACUCGACAACGCUGAAACAGCAGUGCCCUAUCAUUUGUCGUGGAACAUGUUAA